UAAAAGGAUCAGUGGGCGAAAUUCGUAGAUAUAUCAAUCUUUCCAUAAAGUUGCUUGAAGCGUGCCAACCAACAAAUAUCAAUUGUAUGUACUUAGCGGACAACUUCAGUCUCGAGGAAAAUAUCUAUAAAAUCUUCGUAUCCAUGGAUGAUGAUGGAUCCGGGACCAUCACUGCCAAUGAAAUAGCCCAAAUGCUCUGCGGAUUCGGUUGCGAUGUCUCGCCCAAAGUUGUGCAAGCCGUGAUGCGAUCCUCAGAUAAAACCCAAAUGCUCUGCGGAUUUGGUUGCGAUGUUUCGCCGAAAGUCGUACAAGCCGUGAUGCGAUCUUCAGAUAAAAGUGGUGAUGGAGAGAUUGAUUUCGAAGAAUUUCUUACUGCUAUAACUUCGAAAAUAAAGCUGAACAAUUGCAAAGCCGAAAUCCAGGCGAUGUUCAACAAAUUUGAUAGGGAUAAGGAUGGCUUGCUUUCUGCAGAAGAAUUGGUUGUAGCAUGGAGUGAAACACUGAAAACGAAGAUAACAGUUAAAGAAGCCGCAGCACUUAUUCAACAAGUGAGUCAUAUUCUGCUAUAAAG